AUGUCUUACUCUCGAGCUCUUUCUUUCCUCGAGCAAGCUUCUGAGCUGGUACCAUACCUCAAGAAUGGGCAGUUCUUUUUCCUUCUCCUUAUCAUCCUAGGAUACUUUACAGCGGUUUCCCCACAGGUGGCUUCAGCUAUUGGCCACAUUUUCGUUCUAGCCCUGAGCAUGGCGCGUCUGGCCUCCGGAGCACUGCUCAUGUUUUUCCCUCCGUUGAUCGUCACACACAUGUACUUCAAGUAUCCUGAGACAUAUAUGGCCCUUAUCAGUGCCACGAUUUUCUUUGUGGGGAAGGUUCUCACGAUUCUUGGAGGCCAUUUCCAUGGCAUUUUCACCCAGUGGAUAGAGGGCCAUCCCGGUCUACAGGACUUUCUGGACCAAGUGUCAACGAGAGGGCUAGGCCAGUGGAUCCAGGACCUCGCGGUCCGGAUCACUGAGCCAGCCCACACUGGUAACCCAACCAUGUCGGUGCCCCCAAGCCCAGAUACCACGAUCGACCACAUGGUCCCCGGCAGCGAAGAGUCAUCGGAUUUAAAUUCCGAUGGCUCUAGCGGCCUCGGGACGGGGUCUUAUGGUGUGGACCCUUCAGACUCGGACGGGGCUGAGGAGUCGGGGUCUUCUGGUGUCCCGGACUCGCCCAUUGCCAGCUCGGAGUCUUCGCCUGGGGAAACCGCCCUCGUGACUGUACCAAGGUACAACCUGCACUCCCCAGUACAGGUUUGGUACAGUCGCGGGGGUCGGUUUCACGACCCAGAGACUCCGUGCCCAAAGAGGGACCCAAAGACCCCAAUCAGUGGGGUUGAGACUCCGAUGACGCCACUCGUCCGGGUCCGCAGCCAACGGUUCCCCACACCGCCACGAUUUCGCCGCCGCAGCCAGGCUUCGGCCAAGGAGUACGGGACGUUGGCGGAGCUGGUCGCGGACUCCAUUCCGGAGCCGCGACAGGAGAGCUCCGUCGUCCCAGAGUAUGCCUCUGGGAAUGUGCGUGCCCCUCCAGGGUUUGAGGGGGUGGUCCCGGGUACCCCAUUUUGGGCGAAAUGCUAG